GGGGUCGCGGCCACUGGCCAGUUCCUUACGGUCUUUCGAGCAGUUGGUGUCGUUUUCAUCGUAGUUUUCUUAAUUAUUAAUCAUCGCUACUAAUCGUUCGUGAGUUGACGGUGCAAGUUUCGCAAAUAUAUAAAGUGUAGUGUGUUGGAUGUGUCAAAUGUAUUAUCGUUGGUCAAAUAAUCGAGUAAAAUCGGAAAAGACCUAACUCACCUUCAAGAUGGGGGCGAUGUUCAGGAGCGAGGAGAUGGCGCUCUGUCAAUUGUUCAUUCAACCAGAGGCUGCCUACCUUUCCGUCUCCGAACUUGGAGAAACCGGUACGGUGCAGUUUCGUGAUCUCAAUCAGGAUGUGAAUUACUUUCAACGAAAGUUUGUCAACGAGGUGCGCCGAUGCGAUGAAAUGGAAAGAAAGCUUAGGUACAUUGAGGCUGAAGUGAGGAAGGACGAGGUGCCCAUAAAUGACAAUCUCAGGGAACUACCACGGGCACCAAAUCCACGUACCAUUAUAGAUCUUGAGGCUCAUCUCGAGAAAACGGAGAACGACAUAUUAGAGCUGAGCCAAAACGCGGUGAACCUGAAGAGUAACUAUCUCGAGUUGACGGAAUUACAGCAUGUGCUCGAGAAGACCCAAGUGUUUUUCACGGAGGAAGAGGCCAAUGACUCGAUCACCAGGACGUUAAUUAACGAGGAAGCACAGAAUCCAAGCGCGACGAAGCGGGGACGUCUCGAAUUUGUUGCUGGGGUAAUAAACCGAGAACGAGUGCCAGCUUUUGAGAGAAUGCUGUGGCGAAUAUCCCGUGGAAACGUAUUUUUACGUCAAGCUGAACUUGACAAACCAUUAGAAGAUCCAUCUACUGGUAACAAAAUGUACAAAACGGCUUUCGUCGCAUUUUUCCAAGGAGAACAAUUGAAGAGCCGCAUCAAGAAAGUUUGUAGCGGUUUUCAUGCAUCUUUAUACCCUUGUCCACACAGCCACGCCGAACGUGGAGAAAUGGUCAAAGGGGUUCGCACCAGAUUGGAAGACUUGAACUUGGUUUUAAAUCAAACGCAAGAUCAUCGUCAACGUGUGUUGCACUACGUGGCCAAAGAGUUGCCUAAUUGGACAAUUAUGGUUCGAAAAAUGAAGGCAAUAUAUCAUACGAUGAAUCUGUUCAACAUGGACGUAACGAAAAAGUGCCUUAUAGGAGAAUGUUGGGUUCCCGUACAGGAUCUCUCCAUCGUUCGAAAUUGUCUCAUCGAAGGAUCGCGUCUUUGCGGUAGUUCGAUACCAUCUUUCCUCAAUGUUAUCUACACAGACGAGAAUCCACCGACGUUUAAUAGAACGAACAAGUUCACCAGAGGUUUUCAAAACUUAAUCGACGCGUACGGUGUGGCAUCUUAUCGUGAAGCUAACCCAGCCCUUUAUACUAUUAUCACCUUCCCUUUCUUAUUUAGCAUCAUGUUCGGUGAUUCUGGACACGGUUUACUUAUGACCCUGUUCGCUGUGUACAUGAUCGCGUGGGAGAAGAAGUUUCUGGCCCAAAAGUCGACGUCCGAAAUUUGGAAUAUAUUUUUCGCCGGACGUUAUAUUAUUCUUCUCAUGGGUUUGUUUUCCAUUUACACUGGCUUCAUCUACAAUGACGUGUUCUCAAAGCCAUUAAAUAUAUUCGGGUCUAGUUGGCACAUAUCGUACAACGAAAGCACGAUCAUAAGCAACAGUUUCCUUCAAUUGAAUCCGUCUCGCGAAGGUUACAUACAAGUGCCUUAUAUCUUGGGUGUGGAUCCGGUUUGGAUGCUAGCCGACAACAAGAUUAUAUUUCUAAAUUCGUAUAAAAUGAAGCUUUCGAUCAUCUUCGGUGUUGUUCACAUGAUCUUCGGCGUCUGUAUGAAUUUGGUCAAUAUAACAAAAUUCAAGAGAUACCCGAGCAUAUUUCUCGAAUUUUUGCCGCAACUACUUUUCCUCAUUUUAUUAUUUUUCUACCUGGUAGUGUUAAUGUUCGUUAAAUGGGUUUUAUACGACGCAACUUCGACUGAUAAGGAUUAUACUCCUACGUGUGCACCAUCCAUUUUGAUCACGUUCAUCAAUAUGAUUCUGAACGGUAAAGCUGAUAAGCCAGAGGGUUGUUCUUCAUCGUAUAUGUUUCCGGGUCAGAAAAUAUUGCAAAUGGUUUUCUUCGGACUCGCGGUGUUAUGCGUGCCAGUAAUGCUUUUCGGGAAACCAGUCUAUUUUUUAGUCUCAAAAAAGUCAAAAGCGGGAAAAGUUGUUAGUAAUGGAACAACAUCACAAGACAUCGAAUUACAAACUGAAGGUUUGCAAAGUGUUCCUAGUACCAGCGAAGCUAAUGAUGGUCACGAAGGUGAAUCGUUCGGUGAAAUUAUGAUCCACCAGUCUAUUCAUACCAUAGAAUACGUUCUUUCAACAAUAUCUCACACUGCCUCUUACUUACGUUUAUGGGCUUUGUCGUUGGCCCAUGCACAAUUGUCCGAAGUACUGUGGAGCAUGAUAUUACGUAUGGGUUUGGGAGCUGAUGAGAAUAAUUGGGUAUACAGCAUUCUUUUAUUUCUUACUUUCGCCGCGUGGGCCUUCUUUACCGUUUCCAUUCUCGUGAUGAUGGAAGGGCUGUCAGCUUUUCUUCAUACACUUCGACUGCAUUGGGUGGAAUUUAUGAGCAAGUUUUACGACGGUCAGGGUCAGCUCUUCCAGCCAUUUUGUUUCAAAACUAUUUUAGAUGUGCAAGUUGCAAAGGCCAAAAAUGAAGGAUUCAAUUUAGGUGAAAAUGAGCCAAAACGCGUCAAGGACACAGCGCGAGCAAAUUUUCAAAACAACUAUAGGCACCAAAGGCACAGUGUGAGCACAUUUCCAAAGCGCCUGUAG